GCAGCCAAUGGGAGCGCGGCGCGGGUGAGAGGUCGGAGGUGGGAGAGCGGCGCCCCCGGAACGGGAAGCGGAGCCGGUCCCAGCGCCUCCCGUUGUCCCGCGGCGCGCACGAGGGGUUUCCGCGCGGGCCCGCGCUUCUCCCGCCAUGAGCCUGCCCCUGAACCCUAAGCCGUUCCUGAACGGGCUGACGGGGAAGCCGGUGAUGGUGAAGCUGAAGUGGGGGAUGGAGUACAAGGGCUACCUCGUCUCCGUGGACGGCUACAUGAACAUGCAGCUUGCAAACACAGAGGAGUACAUAGACGGUGCGUUGUCUGGACACCUGGGUGAAGUUUUGAUAAGGUGCAAUAAUGUUUUGUACAUCAGAGGUGUGGAAGAAGAGGAAGAAGAUGGAGAAAUGAGAGAAUAGGUGUUUUGUAUUUCUGGGAAUAAACUUUUUUUUUCCUUUUCUGUUUUUCAUA